AUGGAAGCUCUUCCUGAGCUUCGAGUGCUCGUCUUGAAGUCUAACAAGUUUGAUGGUAACAUGUCGCUGCCUUCACGAAGUAACCUUCCAUUUCAAAAGUUGCAAGUUUUAGAUAUAUCUGACAAUGAAUUUGUGGGGUCUCUCCCUCAAACAUAUUUCAAGAACUUUAGAGCAAUGAUGGAUGUGAAGGAAAAUAAGACAGAUCUAAUUACAAGUAGUGAUGAUUUCGAUUUUCUAAGGUAUGUGGAGAUGAGAAUCACCUUGAAAGGUUUGGAUCUGUUAUUGAAGAGACUGUUGAAAACCUUUACAACCAUUGACUUAUCCUCCAACAAUUUCUCUGGUAGUAUUCCAGAUUCCAUAGGUAAUCUUAAUUCUUUGAGAUACUUGAAUUUGUCACACAAUAAUCUCAUGGGACACAUACCUGCAUCUCUUGGAAAUAUAAAUGUGCUUGAAUCAUUGGAUUUAUCAUGGAACAAAUUGGACGGCGGAAUUCCAAGUGUAUUGACGAGGUUGACAUUUCUUGCGGACUUAAACCUUUCGAUGAAUGAUCUUGUGGGGCAAAUACCACAAUCUACUCAGUUUUCCACAUUUGAGAAUGAUUCAUACGUGGGAAACUUGAGAUUGUGUGGAUUUCCGUUGACGAGAAAAUGCAACGAGGAGGAUGGGCAGCGGAUGCAGCCAGAAGAACAAGAUGACGAAGAUGAUGAGUAUGGAUUUAUAGAUGGAUUUGGAUGGAGAAGUGUGGUGAUGGGAUAUGGAAGCGGAAUCAUAGUUGGAAUUGGAAUUGGUUGUUGGAUUAUUCGAUUUGGAAGGCCAAGAUGGUUGGUGGAAUUCUUUUUUGGUGUUGGAUAUACAUACAAGAAGAACAAGAAGAAGAAGAAGAAGACAAGGAAGAGAGCAACUCCAACACAGAGGAGAAGUUGA